ACGCCAUGCAAUCUACUUGAAGCUGGGCCUUCAUUGACCUUCGCCAUUCGAUACAACUCAUAGGUUCUCUUCUCCACAUCACGGCUCAUUGAGGUCAACCACCUGCAAAGAACUCCGACACUCCUUCAUUUAGCCUGCAACCAGCCUCCGUUCCUUAGCAAUGGCACCUCGGCCGUCCACUCUACGGAUCGCAUUUAUACAUCCAGAUCUUGGCAUUGGUGGUGCGGAGCGGCUGGUAGUCGAUGCAGCACUUGGUCUCCAGAAACUCGGCCACUCAGUCGAUAUUUUCACAUCUCAUCACGACCCAAGUCACUGCUUUGACGAAACGCGCGACGGCACACUUCGAGUGUAUCACAUUGUCUCUCCCUUCCCUCGCUCCGUCAAGGGCAAAUUCCAUAUUCUGCUUGCCCACGCUCGACAACUGCAUCUCACGCGAUACCUCCUGCGCUCUGAUUCACCACAGUACGACGUAUACUUCGUCGACCAGCUAUCGACAUGUGUUCCCUUUCUCCGACUACUUGCGGGCCGCCGUGUCGUGUUUUAUUGUCAUUUUCCGGACAAGUUACUUGCGAAUGGUGAGUUUGUGGAGGGCAAGAUGCACAUGCGGGGCGGAUGGUUGAAGAGGGUAUAUCGUCUUCCAAUGGAUUGGCUGGAAGAAAUUACUACUCGACAAGCGGAUGUUAUACUUGCCAACUCAAGGUUCACUUCCCGUGUCUUCAAGUCAUACUUUCCCUCUAUUGCGCAAGACCCAUAUGUUGUAUACCCAGGAAUCAAUCUUUCAGCAUAUGAAAGUAAACCAGACGCCAGUGACCCCGAUAUUGAAGAACUGUCAUCUGAACGGCCAACGCUCUUGUCUCUGAACCGCUUUGAGAAGAAGAAAAACGUGGCUUUGGCAAUACAGUCAUUUUUCUUGUUACGGAAACACCUAGCUGGAAAUAAGCUAUCAGGCCAUGUAGAUAAUCUCCGCCUUGUGAUCGCAGGCGGGUAUGACCCUCGACUUGAAAACAACAUGAUGACGCUUGUCUCUCUUUUGGAUCUUGCCAAGCUGCACUCUCUCACUUACAACAUCAUCUCACCUUCUUCCUCCCCAACCAGCAUCCCUCCAUUCAACUGCACAGCAAAUAAGCCUGACAUCCUCAUCCUGUUAAACUUCACCACUGCACAGCGCUCGGCGCUCCUUAACGCGCGAUCUACGCGAGCGCUUUUGUACACACCCACGAACGAACACUUCGGUAUCGGGCCUGUAGAAGCCAUGGCUUGCGGUUUACCUGUGCUUGCCUGUAAUACCGGAGGACCAACAGAGAGUGUGUUGGAAGUCCCGGAGCAGGCCAGGACAGGUUGGCUGCGUCCCCCGGACGCAGAUCUGUGGGCAUCCGCACUCAUGGAAAUCGUGGCGCUUUCUGAUGCAGAGAGGACAGAUCUGGCAGAGAGAGCGAAGGUCAGGGCGAGAGAAUUGUUCGGAAUGGAUGCCAUGGCGAAGACCUUGGAUGACAAGCUGCAGGAGGCUGCUGCGAUGGGACCCAUUUCGUCGUACUCUCUAAGGACUCUCACAUCCUUCUUCGUGUUGUUGUUCUCAAUCCUGCUCGCUGUUGUGUACAGGCUGCUGACCUGAAUCUCUCAAUCGUAUCGAGUCGAUGUCAAACCCAUUGCAUGCGCCAAACCCCAAUCCAAGGUUAAGGUACCCAUCUCUUGGCAUAUCGAACUGCAACCAGAUCACCGCCGCACACCUUCCGUCGAGAUGAUGCUCUGGAUUCUUGUCUGUGGGAGAUAGCAGGAGAUAGCAUAGAUACCACAUAUGUAUCUUGCUUUUCCUGAAUGGGUCUGUCCUUGUGGAGAGAACGAUCUACCACGUGUCUCU